GUUGACAUGGCAGACCAAAUUGUAGCGAAUGGAAACGUGACACGUCAUAUAUUACACCUCACCUUAAUUGCCUCCCAACCCCCGCGAAACCGGGCGAAUGAUCCUUCCGCUUUAAAUUUCCCGUAAAUUUCAACAUAAUCCUUUUUUCUGAGGAGUAAAUUUCAACAUAAUCAAUUUUUCUGUAAAUUUGGGAUUUCUUCUUCAAAAUAUUUGGCUAUUGAUUUGGUAUUUUGGAUGAAUAGAGGCUAACUGAAAUGAUGAAGUUGCAAACUUACGCUGGGUUCAGUUUGAUAGCUGCAUUGGCUAUUAUUUAUCAUGCCUUUGAUAGUAGAGGCCAAUUUUACCCUGCAAUGGUUUAUUUGUCGACCUCAAAGAUCAGUCUAGUGCUUCUUCUGAAUAUGGGUUUGGUUUUUAUGUGCAUCCUGUGGCAAUUGACCAAGAAAAUCUUCCUUGGUUCGCUCCGAGAAGCAGAGGUCGAGAGGCUGAAUGAGCAGUCAUGGCGGGAGGUCAUGGAAAUAUUGUUCGCGAUAACUAUUUUUAGACAAGAUUUUUCAGUUACAUUUCUUGCAAUGGUUACUGCUUUGCUUCUGAUAAAAUCUUUGCAUUGGUUGGCCCAAAAGAGGGUGGAAUAUAUAGAAACAACUCCGACUGUUCCAAAGCUAUCUCAUGUACGCAUCGUAUCUUUCAUGGUGUUCCUACUCCUUAUUGACAGCAUCUUUCUCUAUGACUCAGUUGAGCAUUUGAUAGAAACCAGACAAGCUUCAGUCGCACUGUUCUUUUCAUUUGAAUACAUAAUCCUGGCAACAACAACUCUCUCAACCUUUGUGAAGUAUAUGUUCCAUGUCAGUGACAUGCUUAUGGAAGGACAAUGGGAAAAGAAGGCUGUCUGCACAUUUUACUUGGAGCUUAUUCGAGACUUGCUGCACUUGACUCUCUGCAUGUGUUUCUUCCUUGUCAUCUUUUUGAAUUAUGGUGUGCCUCUUCACUUGAUCCGCGAGCUGUACGAGACAUUCCGUAACUUCAGAAUCCGUGUGGCUGAUUAUAUACGUUACCGAAAGGUCACUUCAAAUAUGAAAGAUCGUUUCCCCGAUGCGACUCCUGACGAGCUCAGUGUAAGCGAUGCAACCUGCAUUAUAUGUCGUGAGGAGAUGAUUGCAGCCAAAAAACUUGUUUGUGGACAUCUUUUCCAUGUGAACUGCCUCAGAUCAUGGUUGGAAAGGCAAAACACAUGCCCUACGUGCAGAGCUCUUGUUAUACCACCUGAAAACGGGGCAUCCACUACUUCAACAAGGACUAAUAGCCAGCAGCAAGGAACUGGCACGGCUGGUACUUCUUCAGAGGGAUCUAGUGGUGAUGGCGUGGCAAAUGAGAAUGUCAGUCAACAUCAGACUAGACUCCAAGCAGCUGCUGCUGCUGCCACUUUAUAUGAAAAAUCUUUUGUUUAUCCUUCUCCAAAUGCUCUAAUGCGGUCACCUGGAUAUGCCUCACCUUCACAAAUAUUUCAACACUCUAUAAUAGCAAAAGAUGGUGAGGAGGGUGCUGCUAGCGAAUUGUCGGAACAGUUUGUACAAACAACCUUGGAUCAGUUACCACAGUUUGCUUUGGCUCCUACACAGUUCCCACAUGUUAAUGGGAGAUUUGGAGAAGGGACUUCAUCGGAGUCUCACCUUGAUUUGCAAAGGAAGUUAAUUGAGCACCAGAUUGAGUUUCUGCAAAACCAGCUCCAGCUUCUAAGAAAUGGGGAGAAAACAAAGGAUAUAGGGACAUCAUUUGAUAUCAAAGGGAAGUCAGUAUCGUCAUCAUCUUCAUCUGUGAUCGACUCUGGUGAGAUAUAAAAGGUAGGAGUUGCAAAUCUAUAGGACUUGUACAGAUAUUGUACUCCACUAGUAGGCAUCAUAAGAGCAUGGAGAUAGAUAGAUAGAUACAUUGAGAAUAGUUUGAUGAUCAGCAUUUCUCAUUCAUUCAUUUCCUUGGAAUUAACUGCUGCAUCUCCAUCGAAGAAUUCAUUUUAAUUUUACAGCCCGUUGCUCCUGAAGAAGAAGCUCCUACACAAGUCAUGCACUUAAUGUAAUAUAUGAAGAUAUUGAGGUAAUCUUCCAAGUUCAAAGUGUGGAGAAAUGCUGCAGGCGACGAUAUAGGUUUUGUACUUUCACAUUUGGUUUUUGUUCCUGUUUACUGUCAAACGGGGUGUAAAUUCAAUAGUUAGUCAUGCAUAUUUAGAACUCUCAUUUAUUUGUAGUGAAAAUCUCCAGUUGUUUCUCUCAAAAAUAAAAAGAAAAGAAAAAGAAAAAUCUCCGGUGGUGGAUGAAUGAA